UGACGCCGCGUUACUGUUUGCAUGUUCAGAGAUAAGAAACAGCUAUAUUCUCAUAACCACUCAUGGUCCAUGGAUGGGUUUUGGUAAAGUAAAGAACUCAGAAUGCGCGAUACGAAGAUUUCAGCCUUGCUGUUGUUCACUAUGGCAGCUUUGUAUUGGGAAAGAACAAUUGGCUUUACUGUUAUUAAUGGAAACUGUAAUGAUGUCAUCAGACUUCCUUGUAAAGCUACAAACCAAACAAAAAAAUUCCGUUACGUUAUAUGGUACAAGGUUCUGGAAAUCGAGAAUUCUCCUAUUAUCAAGAAAAGAGGCAAAGAGGUUACAUACUUCAAUUCUACAAGUAAUCUAACUUCGGUUUUUCUGGGAGAGAAAGAGACCCUGGAGUUACAUAAUGUGCAGCCUUCAGACUCUGGGACAUAUAGAUGCUACCUGGCUGCAAACGUUGGAGGUCAAAAUUAUGAUUCUUUCAUUGGAUUGAAUAUCUCAGAAUGUGUCCAGAUGAGCACAGUAUAUCCCAGCACCAUUAUCGCUACAGAUUCCUGUUCUGCUGCUACAGAUCUGUCUACUUCUUGGACUGCAGUCAGCUUUAUACUCAUCAGUGUGACCAAAAUCAUUUUGUGCAUUAUAGUUGUUGGGGUGUGUGAUCAGGUCAUAUUUAGAACAAGAAGAAAACAACAGGAUGGAACAGGAAGCACAAAUGGAAAAAGUUCAAGUUGUAAAGACUGAGAUUUAAUAAUAAUAAUAGUAAUAAAUAAUCAAACAGUCCAACCUGUAAAUAUUUGGUAAGGUUGUCUGUGUCUUUUGAUAGGGUUGAUAAGUUUUCAGUGUGUGUGUGUGUGGUUUUGCUAUAUAUUAAUUAUUUUUACAUUUCUUCAUUUUAUGUAAAUGAAGGUUGUUGUUGAGAGAGAGAGUUUAAGUUCAUUAGAUCUGUACUUUGUGUUUACUGUUUUCAACCCCCAGUAAUCCACUGUUAUAUGUACUGUAUGUGCAUAUGUAAUAUAUAUGUAUAUUUCUUAAUGUUGUUUUCUUUAUGGAUUUCAGAGGUUAAUAUAUUUUAUAUGAACAUAUAGACAACAAAAGUGUAAAUAUUAAUUUGUACAGAUGUUUAUACUGUAAGUACUGUCAUAUUUAAAUUGAAGAAAAAAUGUGGUUCAAUAGUUUAACAGGCAUUGUAACCACCAGGAUAAGCUUUUCUGUGUUGUUUAUCAUUAAAAUAAGCAAAAAAGAAACAAAAAUGCUUAGUGUGCAGGUGUCAAGAAC